ACUGCAACCUUGCCAAUGACUCAAUCGUUUCCCUGCGCCCUCUGGGCUGUGCCAUCCGCCGCAGCCACCUCCUCCCCUCCCACCUGGCUCCGCGCAGCGUCCCGCAUCCCCGGGGAGCCUCCUGCGCACCUGGUGCCCCGGCGCCCGGGUUCUGAGCGCUGGUGGCCACCUCGCCCGGCGCGCAGCUGCCGGCGCGCUCCCUCCCCAAACCCCGGACUGGAGAGGCUUGUCUGGCGCCCAGCGAACAACAUUAUCCAAUUGCUUCCCGUCUUACUCGCAGGCUGGGAGCCGAGCGAGCCCGAGCCUUCACUUUCAACCCUCCAGGCGAGGAGGGGGUGCGGGCGGGGAGGAGAGACGGCUCCCGGCUCCACCUCGCGCGCGGCGCGGCGCGGCCAGAGCGCUCAGCGCCUGCAGAGGGGAGCAGCACCGCGAGCCUCGCAGCAGCGCCCGGCCGCCCGGAGCCCCGCCAUGGAGAUGGCAGAGGCGGAAUUGCACAAGGAGAGACUGCAAGCCAUAGCUGAAAAAAGAAAGAGGCAGACGGAAAUAGAAGGCAAACGGCAGCAGCUUGAGGAGCAGGUACUCCUGCUGCAGCAUUCCAAGUCCAAAGUGCUUCGGGAAAAAUGGCUGCUUCAGGGUGUACCCGCUGGAACAGCCCAGGAGGAGGAAGACAGGCGGCGGCAGUCUGAGGAGGAUGAGUUCAGAGUCAAACAACUCGAAGACAAUAUUCAGAGGCUGGAGCAGGAAAUACAAGCACUUGAAAGUGAGGAGUCCCAGAUAUCUGCCAAAGAGCAAAUCAUCCUAGAGAAGCUAAAGGAGACAGAGAAAUCCUUCAAGGACUUUCAGAAGAGCUUGUCCACAGCGGAUGGAGCUGUGUACGCCAUGGAAAUUAAUGUGGAGAAAGACAAACAAACAGGAGAGACCAAGAUUCUCUCUGCAUCUACCAUUGGCCCAGAGGGGGUCCAUCAGAGAGGAGUCAAAGUCUUUGAUGACGGUACCAAAGUAGUGUAUGAGGUGCACUCAGGAGGCACCAUAGUAGAAAACGGAGUGCACAGAUUAAGUGCAAAGGAUGUCGAAGAGCUUAUUCAGAAGGCCGGACAAUCAAGCUUAAGAGAAGGGCCUGUAUCAGAAAGAACUGUGGUUGCAGAUGGGAGCCUCGGCCACCCUAAGGAUCACAUGCUCUGCAAAGAAGCCAAGUUAGAAAUGGUCCAUAAGUCUAGGAAAGAUCACGCUUCUGGGAACCCAGGGCAGCAGACGCAGGCCCCCAGCACAGAAGAGCCAGAGGCAAACUUGGAUCAACCAGUCACUAUGAUUUUUAUGGGCUACCAAAAUAUCGAGGAUGAAGAGGAGACUAAAAAGGUGCUAGGCUAUGAUGAAACCAUCAAGGCUGAAUUGGUCCUCAUUGAUGAAGACGAUGAGAAGUCAUUAAGAGAGAAGACAGUGACAGAUGUGUCCACCAUUGAUGGGAAUGCAGCCGAGCUUGUGUCUGGGAGGCCACUCUCAGACACCACAGAACCUUCAUCCCCAGAAGGGAAGGAAGAGAGCCUGGCCACCGAGCCAGCCCCAGGAGUUGGGUGGCAGAGUGUGCUACUGAAAGGAGAGGAAGCAGCUUCCGGUGCUGCAGAAGCCUCCGGCCCAGACAUGACUAUCAAGAAGCCUCCCCAGCUUUCCGAGGAUGCUAACCAACUAAAAAGCGAGAGAGACAACAGCAGUCAUCUCCUGGAGUCUGCUACCAGCUCUCUUUCCCCAGAUCACAAAAACAUGGAAAUUGAGGUGCCCGUUACAGAAUGUAGUAAAAGUGUUCCUGGAAUCACCUCCACUCCCCACUCCAUGGACCACCCUUCCUCUUUCUAUUCACCCCCACACAAUGGCCUUCUUACCCAUCACCAAGAAUCCCUCGAUAAUGAUGUGGCCAGAGAGAUUCGAUAUCUAGACGAGGUGCUGGAGGCCAACUGCUGUGAUUCUGCUGUGGAUGGGACUUACAACGGAACAGCGUCCCCAGAACCUGGUGCAGUGAUCCUGGUGGGCAGCAUAAGCCCAUCUGCUCAUAUAGCCACCCAACCUGAUCCUGCUGAGACAGUAGUGGGCAGGCAGGCUCCUCCUCACAUUGAGCUCAGUCGAAGCCCCUCUGACACCAUGGCAGAGGAGGAAAGGGCAAACGGCCACUCCCCUGACCAGCUCCGAGACACACUGGGUGACAACCUGCAGGCGCCUGUGAGCCCCAGCUCCUCCACCAGCUCCCGCUGUUCUUCCCGAGAUGGGGAGUUCACACUCACCACGCUGAAGAAGGAGGCCAAGUUUGAACUGCGUGCCUUCCACGAGGACAAGAAGCCCUCCAAGCUCUUCGAGGAGGAUGAACGAGAGAAGGAGCAGUACUGUGUCCGGAAAGUGAGGCCUUCAGAAGAGAUGCUGGAGCUGGAGAAGGAGAGGAGGGAGCUCAUCCGGAGUCAGGCUGUGAAGAAGAAUCCUAGCAUUGCAGCGAAGUGGUGGAAUCCUCCCCAGGAGAAAACCAUCGAGGAGCAGCUGGAUGAGGAACAUCUGGAGUCGCACAAAAAGUACAAGGAGCGCAAGGAGAGGAGGGCACAGCAGGAGCAGCUACUGUUACAGCAGCAACUACAGCAACAGCAGCAGCCCCCAGCACAGCUCUGUGCAAUGCCACCUUCCUCUCUUGAACGUCCCAGUGGGACUGAACAUGCAAAAGAAGACAUCGUCACAGAACAGAUCGACUUCUUAGCAGCGCGCAAACAGUUCCAGCAGAUGGAGAAUUCCAGGCAAGCAGUGGCCAAGGGCCAGAGUACACCUCGGCUCUUCUCUAUCAAGCCUUUCUACAGGCCUCUGGGGUCCAUCAAUUCAGACAAGCCAACAACCAUCCUGAGACCAGCUUCUGUCGUGGGACCUCCGGAAGACAGCAGUGCAUCAGUGGCCAAGGGGCAGAAAACAUCCAUUGUGCCAGAGACCCAGUCUGGUGGAGGAGGCCCUGGCACUGCUACCCCUCAGGGAAAGGAAGGGCCUUACAGUGAGCCCUCCAAACGUGGGCCCUUAUCAAAACUGUGGGCAGAGGACGGAGAGUUUACGAGUGCUCGUGCUGUCCUCACUGUGGUCAAGGAUGAUGACCAUGGGAUUUUGGAUCAGUUUUCAAGAUCAGUCAAUGUCUCUUUGACUCAAGAGGAACUUGACUCAGGUUUGGAUGAGUUGUCAGUGAGGUCCCAGGAUACCACUGUCCUGGAGACCCUGUCCAACGAUUUCAGCAUGGACAACAUCAGUGACAGUGGGGCCUCCAAUGAGACAACCAAUGCCCUCCAGGAAAACUCGCUGGCUGAUUUCUCUCUGCCUCAGACUCCACAAACGGAUAACCCCUCAGAGGGCCGAGAAGCAGUCUCGAAGUCAUUCAGUGAUCAUGGUUUCUAUUCCCCUUCUUCUACCCUGGGAGAUUCUCCAUCUAUGGAUGACUCCUUAGAAUAUCAGGCCGGUCUUCUGGUGCAAAAUGCCAUUCAACAAGCCAUAGCCGAGCAGGUGGACAAGGCUGUGCCCCAAACCAGCAAGGACGGAGCAGAACGGCAGGGACCAGAAGUGACCCUGGAGGAAACUGAAACCAGGGCUCCCAGCUCAGAGAAGUCUCAGAGCAUGUUUAAGCCUCCUCAGGUGUCCUCUCCUGUUCAAGAGAAAAGGGAUGUAUUACCAAAGAAUCUACCCACAGAAGACAGGGUGCUCAGGGAAAGGGGACCCUCCCAGCUGCCUCCAGCUGUGCAGCCCAGCGGCCCGAUUGACAUGGAGGAGACCAGGCCCGAAGGGGGCUACUUCAGCAAGUAUUCAGAGGCGGCUGAGCUGAGAAGCACAGCCUCCCUCCUGGCCACUCAAGAAUCUGACGUGAUGGUUGGGCCCUUCAAGCUGAGAUCAAGGAAGCAGCGGACUUUGUCCAUGAUCGAGGAAGAAAUUCGAGCUGCCCAGGAGCGGGAAGAAGAACUGAAGCGGCAGAGACAAGUGCUGCAGAGCACCCCAAGCCCCAGGACCAAGAAUGCCCCAUCGCUGCCCUCCAGAACCUCCUGCUACAAAACCGCUCCAGGGAAAAUAGAGAAAGUCAAACCUCCUCCAUCCCCCACAACUGAAGGCCCCAGCUCGCAGCCUGACUUAACCCCCGAAGAGGCUGCCGGAACCCAGCGGCCCAAGAAUCUGAUGCAGACCCUCAUGGAAGACUAUGAGACACACAAAUCUAAAAGGCGUGAGAGAAUGGAUGAUAGUAGUUACACCUCUAAGUUACUGUCUUGCAAGGUGACUUCCGAGGUCCUUGAGGCUACAAGAGUAAACCGAAGAAAGAGUGCCCUGGCAUUGCGCUGGGAGGCAGGAAUCUACGCCAACCAGGAGGAAGAAGACAAUGAAUAAACAUCCUUCACCCCAGCAAGCUCUUUGGUGCUUGGGAUACCAAGAAACCAAGAAAGUAUCAACUCAAAGCAUUUUAAUGGACUAUUUAUUAAAGUGCAUACAAACUCAGCAAUCCUUAGGUAGACCAGAAGCUGCAAUGCACAGUGAUGAAAAAGAAAGUGGAGAGAAAGUCUGCCCAUCAACUCUGAGACGCAGGAGUCAGGAGAGAAAGAAUUUCUGUGGGACUCAAAGACUCUGGGUUUGGAUUAGUCCACAUUUGAUCCAAAAGAGCAAAGGAAGUUCAAGCAAAUCGGCAUAGUUGCUGUAGGCAGAGCUUAGACCAGCUUUGCUGGCUGAUGGGGAAACACGGUAGGGACAGAGCCAUUCAGAGAGCCAUAGGCCGUGUGGUCUGCACCGCAUAGCGUAUUUCUCUGAACCGGCUUCUCACUCCUUAAACAUAGCGUCAGAGGUGUUGGGUUGACUACAUCUUUUUUCCAGCAGCUAUAAAAUCAUUGAUGUUUCUCUCCAUAGUUGUCCAAAAGAGGCAGCUGUGAUUUGGUUUCUCUUACACUUUCUUAUUUUUAAUUGGAAACAAUCAAUGAUCGCAAUACACAAAGCCCAUAUUUUUAAGACAAUUUCUUCACAUUGUAGAUACAAUCUAUUCUGCAAUAGGAGGUUGAGAAAGAUGGGGAAAGAAAGCCAAACCAAAUGGGUUAUUUUAGCUUUAGGGUCUUGUCUGCUUAUACUAUGACUGACCUGCAGGUUAGGAGAACACAUUUUCACGAUUGCAUUUCUUCAUAGGAGAACUAUAUUUAGUGGGCAACAACUAUUUUUAUGAUGGGAUGGGGUACAUUAACAUGGAUAAAUCUGUACACGAUGGACAGCUUUGUUCAGGAUGUGGGGGUAUUUUUGGAGUGGCAAUAAUUGAAAAAGGGGCAAACUCUGACUUUGAGAGGUAGACAAUAAGAAAUAAAAAGGUGUUUGUAACUAUUUUGUACUAUAAAGGGGGCCUUAGAGGUAAUAGGGAGAAGGACGGGUUGUUUUGAAUAACCAGAAAGGAAACAUUACAGGCAUGAAGGGAAAAAAAGAAACAGAAAGGGAGGGUGAAAAGCGGGGAAUCAAGGAACAGAGAUUAUUUUUGCUGAGCAACUAGUGCUUUUCAGGGUGAUAAAGAGAAAAUUAUAGAAAUUUAAGUGCAGGCUUGGAAUCAGUUACAAAUCCUAAAGAUGGGGUAUGUAUGAGAAUACCUUUGUGCAUUUGUGUAGUAUAUGUUCACAAGGGUGUGUGUGUGUGUGUGCGUGUGUGUGUGUGUGUAUGCGCGUGCCUGUGUGUUGUUAGGUUUCCAGACUGAUCACAGCACCUGGGUGUACAGUUAUUUCCUCCAAAGCUGUUUGCCAGCUUCAGGAGUAAGUGCGAAUUUCUUUUUUAUGAAAAGGGAUAGAGAAGCACUGAGCUGAUGCAGUAUUUGUAAUAUUAAAUUGACCUAACCUGGUAUUGGCAUGCGUCACCGCUGCAGAGUUUUGAGCAGUUUUUGUAAUUUGACAUGUAGGAAUGUAUCCUAUUUAUUCUCAUCCUUUGUAUUCAUGCUUAGUAUACUUUAGAAGACACCAGCUGUAUUCUUUCUGUCAUUUAAAGCAAUAUUAAAAGGGCAUUCAUUAUGGGGUGCCCUACAUUUCUGGAUGUGAAAAGUGUUCAAUUUCUGGCCAUGAGAAAAACAAAAGAAAACAAAUAGAAAAAAAAAGAAAGAAAAAGAAAAAGAAAAAAACCAACUAACCAGCUUUCAUUUAUUUUUUUGUUUUAAAACGAUGUUUUUUUAAAAAAGCAAUAAUUAAAUCAGACCUCACUAAAAUUCACAUUUGUUUUCAUAUGGUUAUGUCAUAAGCUCUAAUAUGUUAUUCUAAUAAGUAGCAAUUUCACAGGAUUUGUAUGUAGUGCUACACUCAUUAUGUUUGCUUCUAUUAAACUAGUGUUGACUUUGGGGGAAAGUUUAUUUACAGAGGAGCGGUCAGCACAGUACAGUGAUGCAACUGUUUGAAACUUACAAGGAAGCUUUAAAGUUGCCAAGGGAACCUGUAAUUGGAUGCCAGAUUCUGCAACCAGUGGCCAAAAUUGCACAUGGGCAGUUGGUAUUAUCUCUAGAUGGUGGGUUCCUUUGAAUAUUCAGCAAAAUGCUAGUCCCUGGGGACACGAAACCUAUAAGAUCUCUGCUUUGGGGAACUGAUCUGAUGGUGAGGGAGGUUGGCAUGGAGACAAACAUUCCCAGAAAAGGAACAUGCAUGUUAGAUGAGACAUCCUGCCGAGGGAAAUGGGAGCAUCCAAGAAGAAGGACCAGCUGUCUAUGAGGAUUUCCAGCUGGAGGGCCCAGAUGCCUGGGCUGAAGGCAGGGUGGUGACAGGUGUUCCCAAGGGAGACACACGGAUGGGAAUAGAGAAGGCGGCAGCACUGUGUGGCCCCAGGCCUGGCUAGGAGGAUGGCUGGAGAGCAGGAGAGUUCUGCGGGGUGCACAGAAAGAUGUGCUUCCUGUUUUCUGGAUGGGCUCAUGGAUUUGCUGGAGACACAGGCACGGUGUAGAUGAUCUUUGCAUUGUCCCCGAGAGGAAACCAGCCUUCCGACUUAACCCAUUUUGUCCUGCUUCGAAAGGAACCUUGUAGGCACAUGAGAGCUUACCGUGGAGAAGAAAAUUGGCAGUGGAAGGGAAUGUUAGGGAGCCACACAGUUCGUGUAGUCGCUUUGGUGGCAGGUAGAAUAGCCUUUGAUGACACUUGAUUGGACCAGAAGCACACAUUAUCUAAGGACUAACAGAGUUAUAGGCCUGGGGUCCUGCGGGGCCAUGUUCCACACGUGGAUGAGGAAAUAAAGAUUUCUGUGGCUCCUCCCCAGUCACAAAGCUGUGCCACAUUUCUGAAUUUUGCCUGUUCCCCUAGACUGCCUCCAGGGUUUUGCUGUCUAUUUCCUUGUUCUAACAGCUGAAACUUCCAUUCUAUUCCCAUAAAAUGGAAGUCACAGUUCCCUUGGGAGAGCUAGGUUUUCUGUCUCUUGAGGUUUUUACUCAUUCAAAACACACUGGUCGACCGCUUUAGACAUAGCACUGUGCUAGGCUCUAGGAUCCCACAAGCCCCUCUGUGGCUUUCUGAGGAAGGGACAGACCCCUGGAGGAAAGCCCUUCCUGCUUCAUCCACAGGGACUUUGCCUCCGAGGUGCAGCCCCACCCUCCAAUAGCAUUGGAGCUUGUUAGUCUCCACGGCAACAGACAUUUAGAUGAUGUAGAUGUUAAAGCCUUCCCAAAAGUAUUCCACGCUGCAGUGUUUAUGAACAUUCACUUUCCUCCAGUUAACUACUGACACGCCUUGGUUUUCUCAUUCAGAAGUUAGGGAAACAGGGUCUGUCAGUGGCAGGAGGCCGGGCUGUGUUCUACUUGGGUGACACAGUGCAAUUUCCUUGCCUCUCUAUUCCCAUGCAUGCUGCCCACCCUUGGCAAUGACAUAGAAGCAGUAGAUAGAUCAGUGUCUAUAUAUAUGUAUAUAAAAAUAUACAUAUAUACCCACACACGUAUAUAAAGCAUAACGAGGAACACUAAAACAGUGUUGACUCAAACAUUUUUUCCAACUACAAAAUAAAUUUAAACUAUGUAUUGAAAAAAAUAGCAUAAGUGUUAGAGAUGGUGACUAUAUCCAGUUUCAGUUACAGAACCAAUUUCCUGGAUUUUAAGCAUUCAGUGAGCUGCCAAUUUUGAUUUUGUGUUGCUCUUUACCUAGAUGACUUUUUCUUUUUUUCUUUUUUUUAUUGGAGGAGGGGAAGAAAAGGAGCAAUACUGUGUUUGAAAAUUAUACUGUGUAUCUGGCUUUCCUGUGUAUGUUAACCACUUAAAUGUUAUUAUCCUGCUUUUGGUUUUAUAGUGAUUGUGAGGCAUUCAAUGCAAGUAUACAGUUAUUUUCUCAUUAAAA